AUUAACUCAGUCAGUUGGAUCGCGCGGUUCAAGCUCUUUACUACGAGCACGUCACUAGCAGACCCGCCGCGAUACCAUAAAUACGCGUUUUAUAAGGUAUCAUCUCUUCGUGUCGCUCGUCGAAAUGAACCCGUGAAAGCACCUCGAUUUGAACCACGAUGGUCCUGCUGAGGUCGCUGGGUCUGUUGUUGUUGUUGGCGGGAUGUUUGCACGGGCAAAAGAGGGAGUAUUCGGGACCGCGAUGCCCCAGGGACUGUUACUGCUUCAGGAGGACGGUGCGGUGCAUGAAGUUGGAGUUGAAGGAGGUGCCGAAGUUUCCCCAAACCACUGCCACUUUAGAUCUCCGUUUCAACCGCAUUAGGGAUAUCACCAAAGGAACUUUUAUAGACAACCAUCGCCUGGUUACUUUGUUGCUGAACAACAAUGAUCUCAAACGGCUCAGAAACGAAACGUUUCGUGGGCUAUACAACUUGCAGAACCUCUAUUUGUACAAGAACCGCAUCAGGGACAUUGAAAGUGGUACUUUUACACAUCUCACUCGUCUUGAAAGACUAUAUCUGCAAGCCAAUGAUCUCCAUGAAUUUAAAGCUGCCACAUUUUCAAAUCUGCCAUUUCUUGAUAGACUCUAUUUAUACAACAACCACAUUAAAGAAAUACCAAGAGGUGCCUUCCACAAUCUACCCAAACUCCAACGGUUACGCUUAGACCACAACGCCCUGAUAUGCGACUGUAAGAUGGCCUGGUUCAGCAAAAUGCUGACCAACGACAAGUCAGUGCUACAAGCAUCGGCCAGUUGCUCUCAGCCAAACGAAAUGUACGGGAAAAGUAUCGUCGGAAUGGACCACAGACACUUUCACUGUCAACCACCAAAAAUAGUUCAAAGCCCUGAGGAUGUGGAAAUCACUUUAGGUGGAAUAGCAACAUUUACUUGUGCGGUUCAAAGUGAAGAAGAACCGACCAUAGUUUGGAUGAAGGGUGAAAAAGAGAUUUUGCCCGAUGAUAACAAGUACAAAAUGAUGGAGAAUGGAACGCUGAUGAUACAGUUUACCGAGGAGAGUGAUAAUGGAUUUUAUGAGUGUCUGGCUAAGAAUCCAGAGGGCGAAGUUCGGUCCAGACCGGCCAGGAUGGUUGUUUAUCCCAGUCAAAACGAGGAAGGAAUUGAUUAUGAUAUGCCAAAGCUUGUUAAAGUUCCCCAAAGCGUCAGCGUCAACGUUGGUACUCAACAAGUACUACUAGAAUGCCAAGCGUUAGGAUAUCCGGUUCCUCAAAUUAUCUGGUCCCAUAACGGACGUCAACUAGCCUCAACGUCCAAAACUGUUAUAUUGCCCAGCGGUACUCUUCUGAUUAGGAACAUCGAAGGUUCAGAUCAUGGUACUUAUCUCUGCGAAGCCUUCAACUACAAUGGCAGAGUUUCAGCUGAAGCCAAUGUACUUAUUAAUGUGGCGCCAAUAUUUACUAUUCAACCGGAGAAUGCUGAAAUACUGACAGGUGGUACUAUCAAUCUGGAGUGUUCAGCUUCUGGUACUCCGACCCCGGAAAUCACGUGGUUCAAAGAUGACUUGGAGUUCUUCCCCAACGAGAGAGUAUUUUACAACGGCGACAGAAGUCGUUUAGAACUAAGACAUGCCAUAGAAUCUGACUCUGGAUUAUACAUUUGUGAAGCCAGAAAUCCACUAGGAACCAGAGAAGUCAGCGCCCGGAUCACGAUUUCAGGUUUUAACACCAAACCACCCAAGCUAGUGUAUAAGCCGUACAAUAUCGAGGCUUUAGUGGGUAGUACUAUUGAACUACCUUGCAAGGCAGUGGGCGAUCCCAAUCCUGGUAUUACUUGGCAGAAAGACGGAGCUCGUAUGCAAAGAACUGGGAGAUAUAAGAUCAGCUUAACAGGAAAUCUCUAUAUUUAUAAGGUUGCUGCUGAAGACCAAGGUCGAUACGAAUGCAUAGCCAACAACGACCAUGGCAGGGACUCAGCUUCAGGCUACAUCACCGUCAAAGACCCUACAGUUUCAACAGGCGCGGUGGGCAGUAUCAGUGACAGGUUCAUCAAGAUCGCCUUCACCGAAGCUUCGAGCGAGAUUGACAAGGCCAUCAACAACACCAUCGAUAAUUUCUUGCACAACAAACAUCCUUCUUCGUCGGAGUUGUUCAGGAUUAUCCGGUAUCCCAAUGCACCAGCUAGGGAAUUAGCCAGGGCUGCAGAGGUUUAUGAAAGAACUCUGGUGAAUAUCAGGAAACAUAUUCAGAAAGGCAGUGUUAACAUGACGCAUACUACAGAUUUCAGUUAUAAGGAGAUACUGUCUCAGGAGAAACUGGAUUUGAUCGCUAGAUUAUCAGGUUGUAACGCCCACAGGCACACGAAAAAUUGUUCGGAUAUGUGUUUCCAUUCGAAGUACCGCAGCAUAGACGGUACCUGUAACAACCUCCAACAUCCCACUUGGGGAGCUAGUUUGACAGGAUUCCGUAGAGUACUGAAACCGAUUUACGAAGAUGGAUUUGCCAGACCAGUUGGAUGGGAGAAGAACAAACUUUACAAUGGAUAUCCUAAACCAGCAUCUAGAAAGGUAUCUACUAGUUUGAUUGCCACGUCAAAGAUCACCCAAGACGAAGAAAUAACCCAUAUGGUGAUGCAGUGGGGCCAGUUCUUAGAUCACGAUUUGGACCACGCUUUGCCUAGUGUCAGUUCAGAAACUUGGGAUGGAAUAGAUUGUAAGAAGUCUUGCGAAUAUGCCGCUCCUUGUUAUCCAAUGGAUGUACCAGAAGAUGAUCCAAGAAUCACCAAUAGGCGUUGUAUAGAUUUUGUAAGAACAAGCGCAAUCUGCGGAUCUGGAAUGACAUCUAUAUUUUUCAACGAAGUUCAACACAGAGAACAAAUCAACCAACUUACUUCUUAUAUUGAUGCUUCAAUGGUAAAUAUAUGGUUUUCUGAUGAACUAGCGCGUGAAAUCCGGGACAUAGACGCACCCUUAGGCCGUCUAAAGGAAGGUCCAGUGUUCGAGGGAAGAAAGCCUUUACUACCUUAUGCAGGAGGACAAGGAAUGGAUUGUAGAAGAAACUUAUCAGAGAGUGACGUUAACUGUUUCCUGGCUGGUGAUAUUAGAGUCAAUGAACAAAACGGACUCACUGCUAUGCACACCUUGUGGAUGAGAGAACACAAUAGAUUGGCCAAAGAAUUAAGAUAUUUAAACCCUCACUGGGACGGAGAUAUGCUAUUCUACGAAGCUAGAAAAAUUGUAGGAGCUGCCAUUCAGCAUAUAACUUACAAACAUUGGUUGCCUUUUGUUGUUGGACCGAAAGGUAUGGAACUGCUGGGCGAAUAUAAAGAAUAUGAUCCCCUGAUCAACCCGAGCAUAUCUAAUGUGUUUGCUACGGCAGCUUUGAGAUUUGGACAUACUCUUAUUAACCCAAUUUUACACAGGUACGACUCGAGUUUUAAUCCUAUCAGAGAAGGACAUCUUCCGCUUCACAAAGCAUUCUUCUCUCCUUGGAGAUUGGUUGAAGAAGGAGGCAUUGAUCCUUUACUCAGGGGCAUGUUUGUUACGGCUGCUAAGAAGAAAAUGCCUAGGGAAAACUUAAAUACCGAACUAACCGAAAAGUUAUUUAAUACUGCCCAUGCGGUUGCUUUGGAUUUAGCUGCAAUGAAUAUACACAGGUCUCGAGAUCAUGCCUUACCAGGAUACGUAGCUUUCCGCAAUUUUUGCGGAAUGCGUAAAGUGACAAGCUUCGAUGAUCUAGCCUCCGAAAUAUCAGACGACGAAGUCAGAGAAAAGAUGGAGAAGCUGUACGGUCACCCUGAAAAUAUCGACGUCUUCGUUGGAGGAAUUUUGGAGGACCCAGUAGAAGGAGGCAGGGUCGGACCCUUGUUUAGAUGUCUCCUUGUGGAGCAGUUUAAGAAACUGAGAGACGGUGACAGGUUUUGGUACGAGAAUCCUUCAGUGUUUAAGCCAGAACAGUUGGUACAAAUCAAGCAGUACUCCUUGUCUCGAGUACUGUGUGAUAACGGAGAUAAUAUCACCAAAAUCACAAAGGACGUUUUUGUAUUACCUGAAUUGCAGGAAGGCAUCGGAAGAUGUGAGGAUGUUCCGAAAGUGGAUUUAAGACUGUGGAGUGAGUGCUGUUCUGAUUGCAGGUAA